AUGGAAUUUGCUGAGAGAAUGUUAAAAAAGCAUGGGUGGGAUCCCGAAAAAGGUCUUGGUAAAAAUAAUCAAGGGAUGAAAACAGCUCUUAAACCAGUUCUAAAAUUUGAUACUCGUGGAGUUGGAUGUAAUCAAAAAGAUGAGUAUUCAAGUGAAUUUAAAUGGUGGGAAUAUACAUAUAAUCGAGCUGCAAAAAAAGUUUCGGAUUCACUUGACCAACCAGAAGGUGAAGAGAAGAAAGAGAAAAAACGUAAACAUAAAGAAGAUGAUGAAGAAAAAAGUUCAAAAAAAUCUAUUUAUACACGUUUUCAAAAAAGUUCAGUAUUAAUGGACAAUAAAGAAGAAUCUGUACGACUUGAAAAAGAACUUGCUGUUGCUGAAACUAAUACUCCUACACCGAGUGAUGAAGAUUUACUUCGUAUAUGUGGUGGUCGAACUGCUCAUAAAGGUGCUCGUCAUGGAAUAAAAAUGGGUGGAAAACUUCAACGAUUACAAGAACAAGAAGAUCGUGCUUUGUCUUCUUCUUGUGAUAAUUCUCUUGAGAAAAAGAAAAAGAAAAAACGAAAAUCUAUUGAACAAAUUGAUGAAUAA